AUGUCGAGCGCUGUGUCGGCGACAGCGCCUCCACUGGCUGCGCAGGUCCAGGCGCUCCUCCAGGCUCCGGAGCUUCGCUACGAUCCCUCUUCCCUGACGCUCUUGUGUCAGUACACCGAAGAACAGGUGGUGAAGAACACAUACGACCAGGAGGCCUGCCUGACGGUCCUCAAGUUGUACCUUCUCUACCCUCAGUGCUUCUCGGUGGAUCUCGCUCGAAAAAUCCUCGUGAAGGGAAUCAUGAACCUUCCCAACGAAGACUGCGCUGUCUUUGUCGGCAUGCUCCAGCAACAACCCGGCAAAAAGGAAUGGAAGAAAGUCCAGGAAGCCAUUCAACUCUGGGAAAUGCUCGAAAAGUGCCGAUUCAAGCAAGUUUGGGAGUUUUUGAAAGAGCCUUCGAUGGCAGACAUUGCGGCGACUCCGGGGCUGAUUGACUCUGUGCGGCGCUUUGUGUGCGACGUCGUCUCGCUGACGUACGCUUCGCUUUCGCUCGCUGACUUAUGCUCCUUUUUGAACGUGGCGCCGGGAUCGAACGAAGCCGAGCGUUUGCUGAAGAACUUGGGGUGGACAGUCGAGGAGAUCUACGUUCCGGCGAAGGAGCCCGGGAGGCCGAAAGAAGCCGUCAAAGUCGUCAGAGUCGUCGGCGCCGCAGCGCUCGCGGCGACGGCGCUCAAAGAGGGAGACGGCGAGCGCAGCCGAAACGCCCGCGACGGAAAAACGUCCGCAGCCGGACAAACCCUCGCCGUUCGCAAAACCGUCGAAAAAUACAUGAUGCCCGAAAACCUCAAAGUCUGCAUGGCUACCCUCCUCAAAUAA